AUGCCGCCGCUCGAAAGCGACCUCGCCGCGGCGCAAGCAGCUGGCAAUAAUUCCAGCGAUUUUGUGCGCAAGCUCUACAAAAUGCUCGAAGACCCUUCCUAUAACUCGGUGGUGCGGUGGAGCGCCGACGGCGAUAGCUUUGUGGUCUUAGAGAACGAAAAAUUCACCAAGACUAUCCUACCUAAACACUUCAAGCACAGCAACUUCGCGAGCUUUGUGCGGCAAUUAAACAAGUACGACUUCCACAAAGUACGGCACAAUGAAGAAAGUGGCGAGACGCCGUACGGACGGGACGCGUGGGAGUUCAGGCAUCCCGAGUUCCGAGCGGAUAGGAAGGAUAACCUAGACAGUAUCCGGAGGAAAGCGCCAGCUCCGCGAAAGGCACCAGCGGCCGAGGAUGCCUUCCCAGCGACGCAACAAAUUGUCGUUCUCAGCGAGUCGCUAGCGGCGACGCAGCACCAGAUCCAGGCCUUACAGGAACAGUACUUUGAGCUCGCGCAGACAAACAAGGUGCUUGUCAACGAGGUCGUCAGUCUGCAAAAGAUGGUCAGAGCGCAGAGUCAAGUUUCCAACGAACUGAUCACACAUCUGAAUAACAUCGAAGAUAGGAGACGUAGCAGCCGCCACUCGGCCCACUCCAGCCACUCAAGUCACUCGGGUCCAUCGUUCCACCCUGGAGCACUUGGACUUCUUCCAGACGGUGCCGAUGAGCCCGCGCCGGAAUUGCGACGGGCCCGUGAAAUCCUCAACGGCGUUUCCGCGGAUUCUCAGGCCGACCGGGAGCUCGAACGGUUAUCCGUGGCGUACCAUCAGAACGGGUCCCCGGCCGAGUCAGGCACCUCAUCUGUCAUGUUCACGCAGCCUGGUCCAGGCCCGAUAGCUUUGGUCCAUGAUCCUCUCAAUGACCCGAGGCAUAUGGUAUAUCCUGUAGGGCAAACAACGGGCAUUGAUCCUUUCCACUCAGACCAUAUCCACAACAUUCCGUAUAGUCGUCCGUUGAGCAAUCCAAACGUGAUGGCCGAGGGGCCUCAACAGAUGACGACGCCACCAAAGGAACAAGGCGAGUCGGUAUGGGGCCUGAAAAGGCCUCGCAUACUGCUUGUGGAGGACGAUAAAACGUGUGCGAGGAUCGGUUCCAAGUUUCUGUUGAACAUGGACUGCAGUGUCGAGACUGCUAAUGACGGGCUUGAAGCUGUCGACAAGAUUAAUCAUGAAAGUAACCGGUUUGACCUUAUAUUUAUGGACAUCAUCAUGCCCCACCUAGAUGGUGUGUCGGCAACUGCCAUGAUUCGAAUGGUGGCGCCGCGCAUUCCCAUUAUCGCCAUGACGUCAAACAUACGGCAGGAGGAUAUCCAGACUUACUUUAACUUUGGAAUGAACGAUGUAUUGGCCAAGCCAUUUACCAAGGAUGGCAUGAUCCGUAUCCUGAAAAAGCACUUGUCGUAUAUGCUCAAGGAUCCUCAGCCAGCGGGACUGGUUUCGGACGAUACAGGCCAGCACGUUGGGGGGCCGGGGCCGGGGCCGGGACCUGCGGCUUCGUCCCAAACAUAUGGCGGCGGCGGCAUGGCGGGAAUGACCAUAGCAACCAUAGGGACAGGAGGGCAGGUGAAGUUCGAGCAGACGCCGGUCCAAUCGCCGGCGACAACAUCGUCGUGGCAUUCUCCAAGCCAGAUGACGCAUACGUCACCCAACGUUGACAAUGGCGGGUAUAUGAGCGCUGUUGGUAGUGGUUCUGGUGGCAUGGUGUUGACGCCAGGAGGCACACAGCGACCUCAAUUUGCGAACCAAGUUGUACCCCAGGUGGGGACACCGAAUAUCGGGCGCAUACCGGAAGGAAUGGCACUUGGUGAUGAUCGGCCUGAGAAGCGCCAACGGCUAUACGGUCCAUCACAGGGAUCAUUCGUGCAAUAA